AUGGGUUUUUCCCUCGCGCAUCUCGUGGAAGCGGCGCUGCUGUUUGCGAACGCCAUGGCGAUACUAAACGAGAAGCGGUUUCUCCGGCAAUUCGGGCUGGAUCAAGCAAUGGUGGGGGGGAACGCGACAAGUUUGCAGAAUCAAGUGGCAACAUUCCUGCACGCAAUGCGGACGUUCAUGAAGUACCCAUUGAUACUGGGAAAUUUGGUGUUUAUACUGCUGGAAUGUGUGUUUUUUUGAUAAAAGGAGAGCCCUAGCCUGCGCGAGCGUCAUGCUGGACGAUAAAUGAUUUAAGUACUUUCGAAGCGACACACAUAGAAUAGAAGUAGGCUUUCGCACCACAAGUUUGCGUCGGAC